AUCAGUGGGUUCUCCCAUUACAGCAGAGAUCAAAUCACUGUUCACCUUAAGCUGAAAGUAUAAAAGGGCAGAGAAUAAAUGCUCUUUCCACAUCUUCUUACCGAUACCUGGACUUUGGAGAAGAAACAGAAACUAUGCGUGAAUGUAUCUCUAUUCAUGUGGGCCAAGCUGGAGCUCAGAUUGGCAAUGCCUGCUGGGAGCUGUACUGUCUGGAGCAUGGGCUGCAGCCUGACGGACAGAUGUCCAGUGGCAGGAUCACUGGAAAAGGAGACGUCUGCUUCAACACCUUCUUCAGUGAGACAGGGGCAGGAAAGCAUGUUCCCAGAGCCAUCUUUGUCGACCUGGAACCCACUGUCAUCGAUGAGGUGCGUACAGGAACCUACCGUCAGCUGUUCCACCCUGAGCAGCUGAUUACAGGAAAGGAAGAUGCUGCCAACAACUACGCCCGAGGACAUUACAGCAUCGGCAAGGAGAUCAUUGAUAUGGUUCUGGACAGGACUCGUAAAAUGGCUGAUCAGUGCACUGGCCUGCAGGGAUUUCUGGUCUUUCACUCCUUUGGUGGAGGCACAGGCUCUGGUUUCACGUCCCUGCUCAUGGAGAGACUCUCUGUUGAUUAUGGUAAAAAGUCUAAGCUUGAGUUUGCCAUCUACCCGGCCCCCCGUGUCUCCACAGCUGUGGUUGAGCCUUACAACUCCAUCCUGACCACCCACACCACCCUGGAGCACUCCGACUGUGCUUUUAUGGUGGACAAUGAGGCCAUCUACGACAUCUGCCGCAGAAACCUAGAUAUUGAACGCCCGUCGUACACCAACCUGAACAGGCUCAUCAGCCAGAUUGUGUCUUCAAUCACAGCCUCGCUUCGCUUCGAUGGAGCCCUGAAUGUCGACCUCACAGAGUUCCAGACCAACUUGGUGCCCUACCCUCGUAUCCACUUCCCUCUGGCCACCUAUGCUCCAGUCAUCUCCGCAGAGAAAGCCUACCAUGAGCAGCUGUCCGUUGCUGAGAUCACAAACUCUUGCUUUGAGCCAGCCAAUCAGAUGGUGAAGUGUGAUCCUCGUCAUGGUAAAUACAUGGCCUGCUGUCUGCUGUAUCGCGGUGAUGUGGUGCCCAAAGAUGUCAACACAGCCAUUGCUGCCAUCAAGAGCAAAGGCGCUAUCCAGUUUGUGGACUGGUGCCCCACAGGCUUCAAGGUGGGCAUCAACUAUCAGCCUCCAACAGUGGUCCCCGGUGGAGACCUGGCCAAGGUGCAGAGGGCUGUGUGCAUGCUGAGCAACACCACAGCCAUCGCUGAGGCCUGGGCCCGUCUCGACCACAAGUUUGACCUCAUGUACGCCAAAAGAGCCUUUGUCCACUGGUAUGUUGGGGAGGGCAUGGAGGAGGGAGAGUUCUCCGAGGCCAGAGAAGAUAUGGCUGCCCUGGAGAAGGAUUAUGAAGAGGUCGGCACUGACAGCAUGGGAGAAGAGGAUGAAGAAGAGGAAUACUGAUGGUCCUAAGGCCUGUAUUUAAGUCAGUAACAUGUUAUUUUAACCUGGUUUUCAAAUGGGCCAAUUAGUUGUAUGUAGCGAUGAAUAGUAUAGGCUAAAUGUACGAAUAAAGCAACAAUUUGAUUAAGAGAAACCAUAUAAUUAUCCUUAUUAUUAACAUAAAUAUCAAAACCCAGCAACAUGGUGAAUGGAAAACAUUUCUUAAGUAUUUCUUAAAAUGAGUUGCACGAUGAGGAACUCAGUAGGAUAUUCUGCAUACUCUGACACAUUGUCACAUUUUAUGUGAAACACAAACCAAACCUAACCCAAGAUAUUAACUUAAGAUAUUCAAUAUUUUUUCAAUGUGAUUACAUUUCAAAGACUCAUUAGUUAUGGUCCUAUGUAACCUCAAAUGUGUGGGCAGAUUUAUUUUGAGCCUUUUUUUCUUUUUGCCGUAUCAGACUGGGAACCCUCUCUUUUGUGCACCUCCCCCCACUAUCCUCUCCCAUGUGGAAUGUAAGUUAUGAAAAGCUUCUAUGUCAGUUUCGAUAUACCAUUCAGCUGUGAGUGUGUGAGAGCAAGAGGGAGAGAAAAUGACUGACUCACUCCCUGACUGGCGUUGUUUGUGUAGUUCAUACCCAGACAGUGGCCUGCAGCAACAAUGGGUUCACAGUUAUAUGAAUUACAGCUCUGUGAUCCAAAGAGGGCUGUUGAAAAGUUGUACCAUGGAUAAAACACUGGCCUUGACAUUUCA